AUGUCAGGACCUGGGGACCAGUUCAUUGAGCUCACCAAGGCCACCAGCCAUGUGCCAGAAUCAACGGUUGAGAAAGUGUACAACCAGCUGAAGCCGGUCGCUCCGUCCUUUCUGAUAGGCAAGUGGGACGGCGGGGAUAUCGAUACAGGACAUAUUGGACAUAAGCUUCUGAAGGAAAUGAAAUGGGCUGGAAAAGAGUUCCGAUCAGUGGAUGACGGUGAUCCGAUCAUGAUUUAUGAUGCAGAAGGCAAUCGGGUGUGGAAGAAAGACUGGGGCCAUUGCUCGCUAAGGGAGAUGGUCUAUCGAGGAGUAACAUCGACCACCAUGAUCUAUGACGAAAAGCCAAUUUUUGACCACUUUCGUUAUGUGUCCGACGAUAUGGUUGCGGGUGCCAUGGAUACACCCAAGCUGUUUGGCACCCAGGGCACUUACUAUUUCUAUUUGACUCGCCGCACUCGAUCCUCGCUUUGA